AUGCAUGACAGUUUCAUGCAUCAGUCCAUGUUUCAUCUCUACAAGGACUUUGACUUGGUUAAUUGUGAUGGGGUCAUAUCCAUCACCAUCACCCAGGAGCAGUCCCAAAACGUAGAGAGCCAAGACUUCAUGACCUCUAUUUUGAAGAGGUCAAUAGAGAUCCAUCGGAAUAAAGGCUCACUAUGGUCGUUUCUGGACUUCUAUAGCAACCUUUUCAACAUGAUGGGGGAGAACCAGAGUGUUGUGGCAAAAAUGGUCGUCAGCAUCUUUGAGAAUAAGACACUAAUUAAGGAGCUGAAGGAAACUACAUAUGAUCUUUUUCUGACUGACCCUGCAUUUCCAGGCGGAGUGAUGUUGGCACACUAUCUCCAGCUUCCCUUGGUUUUCAAUGUGCGCUGGCUUUUCAAUGGAGAGGCCCACUUCGCCAUCGCUCCUUCUCUGUCCUACGUCCCUGAAAUGUUCACUGACCACUCUGACAAGAUGGACUUUUUCCAAAGAAUCAAUAAUAUUAUCCGUCAUAGCAUGUUGGUUUACAGGUACCACUAUGUCUCAAAUCCACCUUAUCAGGAUGUGUGUGAUCAUUACUUUGGACCAGAUGUCAGCGUCAUGUCUCUAAUCCAGGGAGCUGAUCUAUGGCUAAUGCGGGUUGACUUUGCAUUUGAGUUCCCUCGUCCCACCAUGCCCAAUGUCGUCUACAUUGGAGGGUUCCAAGGUAAGCCCUCCAAGCCUCUUCCAUCAGAUUUAGAGGAUUUUGUGUAGAGUUCCGGUGAACACGGGGUGGUCGUCAUGACCCUGCGUACCCUGCUGAGUGACCUCGGCCCCAAAAUAUCGGAAAUUAUCGCCUCAUCAUUUGCCAAUCUCCCUCAGAAGGUCGUGUGGAGACACGUCGGGAAAAGACCCAUCACUCUGGGAAACAACACCAUGCUGGUUGAAUGGCUGCCUCAAAAUGACUUACUAGGUCACCCUAAAACCAAGGUUUUUGUCACGCCCAUCCUUAACACAGUUUUGUAUGGGAUUCAGGUCUGGAGAAAGUGCAGGCCACUCCAUUUGAUGUACCCCAGCCUCCAGCAGCCGUUCCCUAAUGAUGAUGAGCUGGAGCAUUGUCGUCUAUGA